UUUCCUUUUUUUUUAUCAACAUGCAUGUUCUGGUUUUCAUUUUGGUCCCUAUUCUGCUGGCCCUAUUUUUUCCCUAUUUUAUCUUUGCAGAGCUUAAAUAACUGUUAAAUUCUCUAAUUAGAUAAACAAACUGAGCAUCAUAAAUGGCCAGUAACUUCCUAACAAACUGGCAUGCCGCUGUCUCAGCCUUAAUCCUCAGCCCGCCCCCUUCACUAUAAUCUGAUUAGCAGUGGUGUCUGCCAGCAUGCGUCUGUGUGUGUCCAUUUGUAUCUGUGCCUUCGUGCAUUUGUGUCCUUGUGUGAUUUAAUACAACAAAGGAUUAGUAGCAGCAGACACAGGGACACAAACGCAGUUUUGGACUGUUACACUUCCUGACUCCUUGGCUUGGUCAUGGUCCCCAGCUCUACCCACAAUGCCUGUGUUUUACUCACCUGUUCCAGAGAACCUGCAGAUGGGUCUGGCCUAUAUGGGAGGCUCUGUAUUCACCAACAACAGGACAGCAGACAGCGACUUCACCAGGGAGCAGGAGGACACCUCUGCGGUCAAUGAGUUGGUUUCUCACCUUCCCCUGCAGAUGCUACUGUACUUCAACAUGUUUUAUUUUCCCUGUUGGUGGUUUUCUGCUGUUUUCAUGUUGGAAGUAAAGUUCUGUUAUCUUCCCGGGUACUACCAGGCUCUGCUCAUAACCGGGAUGAUCCUCCUCACAGUAAUUGAAGUGAUCCGACUUUAUCUGGGCUACAUUGGCAACCUUAAAGAAAAGCACUUGAUGCCUGACUGCUCUAUCUUUGCAUCGCCUCCAUCCACCAACCCAAGUUCUCCCUCCCUUCCAUCCUGUCAUCAGAUGCCAGAGUUGGCAGCCUUCUGGCUCCUGUCUUUCAUGUUCCAGCUGCCAGUGCUGCUGUUCUUCCUGACCGAUGAAGGAAUUAUCAUCCUGCCUUUCGAGAGAGCUGUCCACUCCCUCUACCUCCUCUUCCUGCUAGCCCAGAUCCUGGCCUCCUUCCUGGCACUCAGGACCAUGACCCGAAAGCUCACACUGCUCUUCCAUCUGCGUCAGUUUGGCAAGGUGGAGAGCUUCCGCCACGCAGGGAUGAGUCCUGUCUACGGGCUGCCCUACCACCGCAGCGUGCUGCCCAUGUCACCCACCCGAGAUAUGUACCAUUAAAGUAAAAACCAAUUUUCACUUAGCCUUACAGUUUUAGAUAUUUACGAUUUGGAAUGUGAAUUCUAGUUUACAGUACUUUUGUUUACUUACUGGUCCUAAAACUGCAUUGUGUGCUUUAAGUUUCCCAGAAUGCCUCUCAACAACUGGCAGAGAAUGAAUGUGAGUUUGUUACUUGUGAGCAUUUAAAUACAGCUGUCCAACCAUUUCGUAAAAACUGAGU